UUUUCAAUGGUAUGCUUAGUUCAACGCGGUUGGAGUUGAUCACGUAUGAGCAUACUAUAAAAUAAUGUCAAACAUCGACCUUAUUUGUAAGGUGGACUUGUUCCAAAAACCCAAAUGAUCACUAUAUAUAUUAAUUGAUUCUACGACCUUAAUUAAGUGUUUCCACGUCUUAUUAAAGUUAUAAUUCAUAUCGUAUAGUUCAUGGCUAAGCUCUUAGCUCUAGCUAGCUAGCUAUAAUUGUAGUGGUUUGGUUCAAUGACGAGACAUAUAUAUUUGCUAUAAUUGUAGACCAACUCAACCUUUCCCGUGUCUUAAGAUUUUGCUGCUGCGUGGUACGUCUACAUCAUGUACGUGUAACUGCUCCGCGUUUCCGACCGAUCGAAGUGUUAUCCGAUCCGGGAAUUAAUCAUUUUUGGACGAAAUCAUAAUGUUCUUACAAUUAAGUUACCGGCCUUUUGUAACAUUAGUCAUGAUUUUGGGGCCUAUAUAUAUAUAUAUAUUGGUGGAGUUGGAAGAGGUGGUGACCGCGCGCAUAUAUACUUUGCUUAUAAAAUUAUAAAACAUAUAUAGAUCGAGCAAGUACGGGCAGGUACGUAGUCCCUAAUUAAAACAAAACCUAAAAUUAGCUUUAGUCAGUACGAUGAUCAUGUUAUCUGAUCACGAACUCUUAUUCCGAUCAUCUUAAAUGUGCGCAUGCAGGCCAGGCUAGGCUUGGACGUUUAACCAAACCCGCUACCUAAUUGCAUGGUGCAAUAAUAAUUAAGAUGGGCUAGCCUGCUUGCAUGUAUAUAAAUACCCUAUGCGUUCUCUUCUUCAGGGCACAUCCAAGUAAGUUUCAAGUCAAGGUCCUUCAAUUUCAAAAGUUCCCCGCCCUCCAUAAGUUAUAUACAGCCUUUGAUUAAGACCUCGUUUCCAAGCAAAAAUGUUCAAGACAGAUGCGCUUGUGCUUGGUGUUGAUGAGGGGAGGAAGAGAUCCACCGCAGUGAGUGGGAUGAACAGAGGGUUGUCCAUUCUAGACUUCAUUUUCAAACUACUUGCAAUUGUGGGUACCCUGGGAAGUUCUAUAGCGAUGGCAACAACUAAUGAAACACUCCCCUUUGUCACUCGGUUCGUUCGGUUCAGGGCUGAGUAUGACGACUUUCCAAUGUUUACGUAUUUUGUGGUCGCAAAUUCCAUUGUAUGCGCCUAUUUGGUUCUGUCUCUCCCACCGUCUAUCUUCCACAUCCUGAGAAGCACUGCGCAAGGAAGUAGAGUGCUCUUGAUUUUCUCCGAUACAGCGAUGCUUGUACUAUUGACGGCUGGAGCUUCUGCAGCAGCAUCUAUUGUAUACUUAGCACACAAGGGGAAUACCAAGGCAAAUUGGCUUUCCAUCUGCCAACAGUUCAACUCCUUCUGCGAGCGCAUAUCUGGCUCUUUGAUUGGAUCCUUCGGAGGCGUAGCUAUGUUUAUAGUGCUUAUCCCGUUGUCAGCUGUGGCCCUUUCCCAGCGUUGAUAGAGAUGAUCAGAUAGACCAUCCUAUUCACAUGAUUUCAAUAACGAAAGUGAACAGCUUGGUCAAAUAUAUGCGUGCAAGUGUGUCUGUUUGUCCGUGUGUUGUUGCAAAAGUAAGUUCUACAAUGUAAAAUGAAUAUGAUUAUGUUUCUACGUACGUAAUUUGUUAAUUUUCUUAAGUUGCAAGGUGUAAACUGUG